AUGUUCAGCACCUCUUUCUAUUCGCACCAGUUCUUUACACUGUUCUUUUUUCCAGCGGAUACUCUGAUCAAAUUGGACUUGUAUACUCCCCAAAAUUCUCCAUCAAAUACGCAACCGGCUCCGAUCACGAUUACCAGUUGCAACGCGGUUGUAAAAUCCGAACCCAACUCAGAAUCUCUGUCCACCAAUGGGUCAACUACCGACCCCACCGAAGCCCAGACUUUCGAUCCGGACGAAGUGGUCAUCCUUCGCAACGAGACUGGGAAACGAGGAAAAGUAUCUCGGAAGCGUAAACACACCUCGAAAAAUAACUCGAAACAGCUUGCAGACGAUGCCGCUCAGUCGGACGAAGAGGUUGAUCCUGCACACGCGGGGACUUCGUCGGCUUCCUCAAAUACAGACUCUAUUCCGCCAACUCCGGAUUUGGCUUCACCCUCUAGUGCAAAACGAUGUCAGCGCGUGCAGUCUGGUGCAUCUCCGGCUCCUACUCACUCUCCAUCCCCGAUAAAAUCCUCACCCAGGACUGGACGUGGUCGUGGUCGCCGUGGCAAAGUAACCAACUUUUUACCAAUUUACUUUCUGUGCUCUUUUAACACUUAA